AAGAGAUCCGGGCUCCAGGGGGGCAUUGGGAGAAGACUUGCCAGACUUUGAGGGAAGGGGAGCGAAUACAGCAGGUAUUAAGGAAACAUGCCCAGGAAACGUGUGCUGGAAAAAGACGACACACUCAAAGCAAAACGGACAAAAGUCAGCCAUCGGUCACAUCAAACGGAAGCGGGUCUGGUAUUGACCUUAGGGCAGGGUGACCUCGGGCAGCUGGGCCUCGGGCCUGACGUCUUGGCGAGGAAGAGACCUGCCUUGGUGAAGCUGCCUGAGAAGAUCAUCCAAGCCGAAGCAGGAGGGGUUCACACAGUGUGCCUCAGCGAGACGGGCAAAGUCUACACUUUUGGCUGCAACGACGAAGGGGCCUUGGGGCGCGACACUUCAGAGGAAGGGUCUGACUCUGUGCCGGGGCUUGUGGAUCUGGAGGAGAAAGUGGUGCAGGUUUCUGCCGGUGACAGCCAUACGGCCACCUUGACGGAAGAUGGACGUGUGUUCAUCUGGGGAGCGUUCCGGGACGAGAAUGGCGUCAUCGGCUUACUGGCUCCCACAAAGGGUGUCGAGGGACUCGAAUCCUCCAGCGGCAGUUCUAUCCCUGUGGAGCUACAGCUGGAAGUGCCGAUUGUAAAAAUUGCUUCAGGGAGCCAUCACUUGGCAUUAGUGUCCACAGAGGGGAACCUUUAUACCUGUGGUUGUGGAGACAAUGGCCAGUUGGGUCGAGUGCCCCAAAUCUUCACUGCCCGAGGAGGAAGACGAGGAUUGGAACGGCUGCUGCUCCCCCAACCCAUUCCCUUCAAGCAGAGAGGCGGUAAGACCAAAGGGCACAUCCGUGAUGUCUUCUGUGGCUCCUAUUCCACCAUAGCCCUCACCCAGGAGGGCCACGUCAUUGGGUUUGGCCUCUCCAAUUACUACCAACUGGGUUCACAAAGCAUCGACACUUACUAUUCCCCAAAGAUCCUGACGGCGUUCAAGAACUCUACCAGAUCCUGGGUGGAAUUCUCCGCUGGGCAACACCAUACUGUGUGCCUAGAUUCGGAAGGCACAGUGUAUAGUCUUGGCAGAGCGGACUACGGCAUGUUGGGCCUGGGAGAGGGCGUUGAAGAGAAGAGCAUGCCCACUGCCAUCCCUGGGCUGGCAAAGGCAUCCUCCAUCGCUUGCGGAGAACGGGUUGGCUAUGCAGUUACUGAAGAUGGGCGAGCUUUUGCCUGGGGCAUGGGUUCGAAUCUCCAGUUGGCCACGGGAGACGAAGACGAUGCCUGGAGCCCCGUCCAGAUGUCGGGCCAGCAGCUGGAGAACCGCACCGUCCUCACUGUGACGGGUGGCGGUCAGCACACAGUGUUGCUAGUAAAGGACCAGCAGAGUUGACAAACUGACACGGGUGACCCUUCCAGCAAGAACUCAGGGGGGGGGGGAACGUACCACCUUCCCGCAUCUUUUGGGCUCAGAAGACUAGCUUUUGAUGGCAUCCUGUCAUACCUUCUGAUAUUUUUUCCCUGGAGAGAAGAAUGAUAUGAUAUAAAAUGUUCUCUCAGAGGUUGGAAUUUGUUUAAAUCUAAAAAAUCAGGUUCCCUUGGUGGCUGGAACGAGUCUUGUUUUUCCUAGUCCCCUUCACCUCCUUGGGGGUUCUUUUCCCUGCUGCUUCUGUCAAAUCUAGAAGGUUGGCUGAAAUUUCAAGAUCUUGCUAUCAAAUCUGUCUCUGCCUGCCUGUGUCUGCUAGACUCAUUUUUUUCCUUCAGGUCUUUCUGCUUCUCAAAACUCAGGAAGUUCUCAUGUCGCUCUUUGAUGCUUGAUACCCUCGUUUGCCCUGGGUGACCUGCCACGCUCCCCUUUCUUGCACCUCCCUCUGUUUCUUCUUUGGUACAGAUGGCAGAGUAGGUGGAAAUUACCAUCAUCCUGAGCUACAGUAAAAAGAGAGGAGGGUGUGGCAGGUCACCUAGGACAAACCAGGAUGUUGGUGUCAAAGGGAGACAGGAGAACACGCUGCAUUUGGAGAAGAAGAAAGGCCUGAAGAGGGGGAAAAUAAGCCUUUGUUGCCUCUCAAACAUUGCUUGAGAAGGGGCAACUGGGGCGUGAACCGGUCUCAUGUUCCUCCAUCUGGUUGGCGAGAGUUGGGCUUCAACAGCUUGUGUGUGGGGAGUUGCUUGCAAAGAACAGUUCUUCCAUUGUUUUGAAAGCUCUGCCCAUGGACCAUUCCUCUGGGGUGGCUUUUUGGGGGGUGGGGUGGGAGGCGGGAGCUGUCCCUGCUUCAGGGUUUUUAAAGGGAUGGGAGGGCCAAAGGCCUUUGCAUAUGUUUUCUGGAUGGCGCUUUCAAAACUGCAGCCAGAAUACUCAGACUCGAUGCCUUCUAUGGUGCUGUCGUCUAAGUACUGUAUGGAUUACUGGACUGUGGAAUUGACACGUGCUUGGGCGCUCUCACUUUUCCCCAUUUUCUGAUGUCAGGAUACACUGGGCUCUCCUCGACUCCUGUUUGCUCCCUUUUAAACAAAUGAGACAAAGGUGGUUAUAUUUUGAUCAGAAUAUUAAAACCUCAUCUCUAGCCAUCUGCUUCCACCACCUGCCUGGUGUUUUCGGUGAGCAGCUGGUAUGUUUUUAAAGCAUCGACUGGCUUCCUUAGAUUGGGUGUGGAUCAGAGCUGGACAGAGCGGCCUUGCUUCUGGUUGUUUGCCUUUUCGGUUGGGACUGCACAUUUUAAGACUGAUCUUGGCUCUGAUUUGGCCCUGUGCUGCCUUUAGGAAGGAAAGAAGGUGAGGACUCACGGCCUGGUGCCAUUUCUGUACAAUUUGUGUGCAGCAACUGGACUAGGGCAGAGAAACUAGUCAGCCUUCCCAUUUUCUCUAGCAUUCCUCUUCUGGUAGGCACAUUCAAAAGAUCUAAAGGACGAGCAGCAGUACCUCAAAGGGCUGUGUUUUUUAAAUACUGAG